AAUAAGCAGAGCCCAAUGAACGUAUACAACACCUCGACGCAGUUCCUCCGCUGACGGCGACGGAGGCUGCUAAAGAAAACAACCUUCUGAAACCUCUCGUCACCACGCCACUCCACUUUUUCAAAUCCAGUUCAACUAAUAUUAUAGUUUCAUUUCAUGGAGACGCAACCACAUGAGAUUUUACAUCAGCCACCGGUUUCUUCAAAUGAAGCCCACAACGAUGACGUGUCGAACCACAGUAGAGAGGCUGAGCAAAAACAAGAUGUUUCGAGGGAAGAAGUUUUGCAGACUUUGCAAGUUAUUGCAUCUACUGGGAAGUUCUGGCAUGACUGGGAUAAGUUGAAGAGCAUGCUAUCCUUUCAGUUGAAGCAGGUGCUGUCAGAGUAUCCUGAGGCAAAAUUGACUAGCGAGCAGCAGUAUGCGUCUUUGGGAGAAUCCUAUAUUGAGUUGGUUAAUAAACUAGAUGAAGCUCUUACUUGUUUCGUUGAUGGUCCUCCAUUUACAUUGCAAAGACUUUGUGAGAUCCUAUUGGAUGCAAAAGGCAUUUACCCAAAUCUUUCUAAGCUUGCUUUAGCUCUUGAAAAGAACUUAUUAGUUACAUCUACAUUGACAAUCUGCACUGAUCCAUACCCACAAGCAACAGCAAAAGUGCCAGGACACCAAGAGAAGACAAAUGAAAAGGAGAAUCCGCAACCGGAUACUGCUCAGAAUGUUACUGCACAGAAUGGCGUCGAGCCUCAGGUGCCUGACAAAGACGAAGUAAUGACUGAGGCUGAUGUGGGGGAUGAUAUGACCAUUGACAUGGAAACUUUUGAAGGCGAUAAAUCAUCAGAAACGAAUUCUGAACCUAAUGCUAGUAAUCUAUAAGCUUAGUGUUUAGUGUGCAUCUUUAAACCCGUAAACUCUGAUGAGCUGAAGACUUGGACGCUUUCAUUUUCAGUGAGCUCCAAAUGCUAUGAGAACAACGUGGCCCCUUGGUCAUUUCAGAGUGCUUUAAUCCCUAUUUUGGUAAUCAUUGGAGUUAGACAUUCUUAACAUUUAAAAACAGAACAAAGUUUCUACAUUGUAACUUUGGAUGCAAUGCUUGUAUUGAUGCCAUGAAGUUGAAUAUAUCUCACUGUAGAUUUGUUUUUAAAAGUUAAA